UUCACGGUCCGUCCGUAAUCGACCUACUCCUUUUGCCAAAGUGAGCAGGGAGCGCAAGUUAGGGAAGUCAUACAAAUCUGGAGAUGUGAUUGGCAGGAAACAUAUUUGAUGGUUAUGAGGAAUCCAGUUUUAAACCCUAAAGAUUUCAGCCUAAUUAUUAUGCGGAAGUGCGUGGUUUAUGACAUAGCGACUGAUUUUAAGUUCCAAAGGCGAAGCUGUCGUGAUUUUGGGUCAAACAAAUACUUUAAAAGGUUUCAGUCAUAUCUAGUCAUAGUCAAUUGCAGAGGUUAGAUUGUCCUCGUCCAGUGGCCGACCGCAGUUUCAAACCAAGAUUAAAAAGCUCCAUUCUUGUUCACCAAACACCGACCGCCAAGUCCUAACCCCUUUUCAUUUAUUGGGGACCUCUUCUCUUUUCCUUCCUUCCUUACCCUGUCAUCUUAUAUGGGCUUUUGAGGCUCCACGUACCUACAGCCUCUUCUCUGUACACACACAUAUAUAUAUAUAAGUAUUUGGUGUUGUAGAGAGAGAGAGAGGGGAUUCCAUUAGAGCUGAAAUUUGAAGGACAUGGAGGCGACAGAUCAUAUUUGGAGGGGCGGAAGCAGGCGUAGCAACGGGUCUACAAUUUGGCGGGCUGGGGAGGAAGUGUUUUCAAGAUCUUCUACAGCUAAUGAUCGUGAGGAUGAUGAAGAUGCCCUCAAGUGGGCUGCCUUAGAGAAGCUGCCCACAUAUGACCGUGUGCGUAAGGGCAUUCUUCAUGGCGUUACAGGGCAGCACCAUGAAGUCGACAUUGCUAAGCUGGGUUUUGAUGAUCGUCGCCUUCUCAUCGACAGGUUGCUCACCAUUGCCGAUCAGGACAACGAACGCUUUCUGCUCAAGUUGCGGAAUAGAGCUGAUAAAGUGGGGAUUGGCAUGCCCAAGAUCGAGGUCCGUUACGAGCACUUGACAGUGGAUGCGGAUGUGUAUAUUGGCAGCAGAGCUCUGCCUACUAUUCCUAACUUUACGUUGAAUAUGUUGGAAGCAUUUUUAAGCUGGCUACGAAUCUACCCCAGUAGGAAGAAGCCACUGUCAAUUCUUCAUGACGUUAGUGGGAUCAUAAAACCGUGCAGAAUGACUCUGCUUUUGGGGCCGCCCAGCUCUGGGAAAACAUCUUUACUUUUGGCACUCGCCGGGAAGCUCGAUUCAGAAUUGAGAUUGAGUGGAAAUGUGACCUACAAUGGGCACAACCUUGACGAAUUUGUGCCGCAACGAACAUCGGCAUACAUUAGCCAGCAUGACUUGCAUAUUGGAGAAAUGACCGUGCGAGAAACUUUGGACUUCUCUGGGAGAUGUCAGGGAGUUGGCACAAGAUUUGACAUGCUGGUUGAACUAUCCCGAAGAGAAAAGCAAGCGGGUAUCAAGCCUGAUCCGGAUAUUGAUGUGUUCAUGAAGUCCGUAGCACUGGAAGGGCAGGCAACCAGUCUCGUGACGGACUACAUACUCAAGAUACUUGGCCUCGAUAUAUGCGGAGAUACCAUAGUCGGUGACCAAAUGAGGAGAGGAAUUUCCGGGGGACAGAAGAAACGUGUAACUACAGGUGAGAUGCUGGUAGGACCAGCUAGGGCACUGUUCAUGGACGAGAUAUCAACUGGGUUGGACAGCUCUACAACCUAUCAGAUCGUGAAAUGUCUUCGACAGUCGGUUCACGUAUUGGAUGCGACCACCUUUAUUUCACUUUUACAACCGGCGCCGGAAACGUAUGAUUUGUUCGACGACAUUGUUCUUCUUUCAGAUGGGCAAAUUGUAUAUCAGGGACCACGCGAACACGUACUCGAAUUCUUUGAAUCCAUGGGCUUUAAGUGCCCUGAACGGAAAGGCGUGGCGGAUUUCUUGCAGGAAGUUACCUCGAGAAAAGAUCAGCAGCAGUAUUGGGCUUUGAAAGCCCAACCGUAUAGGUAUGUGUCUGUUAAGGAAUUUGCAGAGGCAUUUCAUUCGUUUCACGUUGGCCAAAAAUUAGCAGAAGAGUUGGCGGUACCGUUCGACAAACGCAAGAGCCAUCCCGCGGCCCUUACUACUUCGAGGUACGGUGUCAGCACAAGGGAACUGUUCAAGACUUGCUUCUCGCGAGAAUGUCUCUUGAUGAAAAGAAAUUCCUUCGUCUUUGUCUUCAAACUUGUGCAGCUGAUUGUUAUGGCCAUGGUCACAAUGACAUUGUUUCUACGGACAAAGAUGCACCACGAUACACCAGAAGAUGGGACAGUCUACAUGGGUGCUCUCUUUUUCGGUUUGGUCACCUGUAUGUUCAAUGGGUUUGCAGAGCUUGCAAUGGCCAUACAAAAGCUUCCUGUAUUUUACAAGCAAAGAGAUCUGCUCUUCUAUCCCGCCUGGGCAUAUUCACUUCCCAUGUGGGUUACCAGGAUUCCAAUUUCAUUUCUGGAGUCCGGCAUAUGGGUUUUUCUUACUUAUUAUGUAAUUGGCUUCGAACCCAAUGUGGGAAGGUUGUUUCGCCAGUUUUUGCUGCUUUUCUUCGUCCAUCAGAUGGCAUUGGGAUUAUUUCGAUUUAUCGCAUCCGUUGGGCGAGACAUGGUUGUCGCAAACACAUUCGGCUCCUUUGCAUUGAUGGUCGUUUUGCUUCUCGGUGGAUUUCUUCUCUCUAGACAUAGCAUCAAAGGAUGGUGGAUAUGGGGUUACUGGAUAUCUCCUCUCAUGUAUGCCCAGAAUGCCAUCUCUGCCAACGAGUUUUUAGGUGACAGGUGGCAGAAGCCAUUCGAUGGACCAGAGACGUUGGGCGUAUAUGUCCUAAAAUCGCGCGGGAUCUUUCCAGAGGGGUACUGGUACUGGCUGGGUGUGGCAGCUCUUCUGGCAUAUACCUUCUUUUUCAACAUAUGCUACACCAUUGCUCUAGCCUACCUCAAACCUCUUGAAAAACCUCAGGCUGUGCUGUCUGAAGAAGCUUUGCGAGAGAAGCACGCCAAUAGAACAGGAGAAGUGCAACUCACCCCUACUUCAGCCUCUAAAGGAAAGUCCGUAGCACACCAGGCCUCGUCUCAAGUAUGUGGCUGUGAGACUUCGAAAACCAGUCUGUCGUCUGGUGGAUCGAGAAUGGGGGCAGUAGCAGAUGCUUCUGGAAAUGCAAGCAAGGGCAUGCUUCUUCCAUUUCAACCACUCUCCAUUGUCUUCGAUGAAGUUAACUACUAUGUCGACAUGCCCGCGGAAAUGAAGGAGCAAGGUGUUACGGAAGACCGUCUGCAAUUGUUAAGAGAUGUAAGCGGGGCAUUCAGGCCGGGCGUGCUUACGGCUUUAGUGGGUAUUAGCGGGGCGGGUAAGACCACCUUGAUGGAUGUUUUGGCCGGAAGGAAAACUGGCGGAUAUAUUGAGGGUGCCAUUAGUAUUUCUGGUUAUCCCAAGAAGCAGGAAACCUUUGCCCGUAUCUCAGGCUACUGUGAGCAAAACGACAUUCAUUCACCCCAAGUAACAGUCCAUGAAUCUUUGAUUUACUCUGCUUGGCUCCGUUUGCCAAAGGAGGUUGACUACGAAACAAGGAGGCUGUUUGUGGAGGAAGUGAUGGAUCUUGUGGAGCUGAAUUCUCUCAGGGACGCUCUGGUGGGGCUUCCGGGCGUCAAUGGGCUGUCCACGGAGCAGCGCAAACGAUUGACCAUAGCAGUCGAGCUUGUUGCCAAUCCUUCCAUCAUAUUCAUGGACGAACCAACUUCUGGACUGGAUGCUCGCGCUGCAGCCAUAGUCAUGAGAACAGUUAGAAACACAGUGGACACAGGGCGAACGGUUGUUUGCACAAUCCAUCAGCCAAGCAUUGAUAUAUUUGAAGCCUUCGACGAGCUAUUCUUGAUGAAAAGAGGUGGUCAGGUUAUCUAUGCUGGUCCACUUGGUCACCACUCUCACAAACUAGUCGAGUAUUUCGAGAAUGUGGAGGGGGUGGCUAAAAUAAAAGAUGGGUACAAUCCUGCAACAUGGAUGUUGGAGAUCACUUCGAUAGCUGUCGAAACGCGCCUGGGAGUCGAUUUUGCGGAGAUUUACCGGAACUCAGACUUACACCGGCAGAACAAAGCUUUGAUAAAGGAACUGAGCACGCCUGCUCUGGGCUCAAAGGAUCUCCACUUUCCCACGCAGUAUUCUCAGACUUUCUGGACGCAGUGCAUUGCUUGUUUGUGGAAACAGAGGCGGUCAUACUGGCGAAAUCCCCAGUAUACUGCUGUGAGAUUCUUCUUUACAUUCAUAUGUGCCAUAAUGUUUGGGACCAUCUUUUGGAACAUCGGCUCUAAGAGGACGGAACAGCAGGAGUUAUUCAACGCAAUGGGUUCCAUGUAUGCGGCCGUGCUUUUCAUUGGAGUAAACAAUUCAUCGUCGGUGCAACCAGUGGUCGAAGUGGAAAGAACAGUUUUCUACAGAGAAAAGGCUGCUGGAAUGUACUCUGCCAUACCCUAUGCCUUCGCCCAGGCAGCAAUUGAGGUUCCGUAUGUUCUAUUCCAAGCAGUUAUCUACAGCGUACUGGUUUAUGCAAUGAUCAAUUUCGAAUGGAGCGCCAUCAAAUUCUUUUGGUAUCUCUUCUUCUCGUAUUUCACCUUCUUAUACUUCACCUACUAUGGGAUGAUGACAGUGGCCUUGACCCCCAACCAUAACUUCGCUGCCAUCGUCUCCUCUGCAUUCUAUGCUCUCUGGAAUCUCUUCGCCGGUUUCUUGAUACCACGAACGAGAAUUCCUGUGUGGUGGAGAUGGUAUUACUGGGCAUGCCCGGUGGCGUGGACUCUGUACGGAUUAGUUGCAUCACAGUUCGGAGAUGUUGAGGAAUGGAUGGAUCUGGACAACGGGGAAACGAAACUCGUCAAGGAUUAUAUCCGAGAUUUCUUUGGGUUCCACCAUGAUUUUAUAGGUGUAAUUGCAGGUGGAACUUCAGGAUUUUGCCUCUUCUUUGCUUUGAUUUUUGCAUUCGGCAUCAAAUACCUCAACUUCCAAAAGCGAUAGAGGGAGCUUAAAAUCAACAGCCUCCCUGCCCAAUAGCUCUACCUGAAUUUCAAACCAGGUGCGAUGGAUAAUAUACCAUAUGAAAUAGAAAUAUACACAGAAAAAGAAGAUCUGAACAUAGCUCAAAAAAGUUUCAGGUAACUUCACAUGCACAAGGAUAGCAUUUGCUAAGAUGAAUGCGAUGCGUCCUUCGCCUCUUCAGCAAAUUCAAUUUUUUAAAGUUAUCUCUGUAUCUCAUAAACUAGUACGUCGUACAGACAUGUCAUUUGAAUUUCAAUAUCAUGGAAGAAAACUUUUUGUCGCAAAGAACUUGGUGAUGAAGAGAGAAAAGGAUAAAUAUUGUAUGGGAGAUAAAAAGAAAAGAUCUAAUAUUUGAGAUAAAAGAUGGUUACGUUAAUAACAAUGUUUAACAUGGCCUUUAAUAAAAGAAUGUUUUAAAGUUAUAAAGUAUUCAA